UCCGAUUAAGUUGCGAUCUUUCCUCCCAACAUCUGCUUGGAGAUUGCCGCCCACCAAGUGAAGUUCCUUUGCCGCUGGGGGUCCAUCAUCAUCAUCAAAAUGGCGGAAGGGGGAAGCAAAGUCUCCACAUUCCCAGAGUGUGCUAUCAUCCAUGAAAUCUACGAUGGAGAAAACGCGGAGGAACAAUUUGAGUACGAACUCGAGCGUGCGCUGGAGUCGGGUGUGCCGUAUAUCGUGGUCGAGCCGUCCAGACUCGGGGACGAGACUGCGCGUUGGAUUAUGAUCGGAAACUGUCUGCACAAGACGGCCGUCCUUGCGGGACUUUCGUGUGCCAUCACCACAGCCAUUCCCUCGGACUACGUGUUUGGACACCUGGGGUUACCGAGCGUGCCCCGACUGCUUGGCACGACGUACGAUGUCUUCAGUCUGUGCUCCGGGCUGGUGAGUUUCGCCUGUGCUGCUCUGUACGAGGUCUCCUGGCAGUCCGACCCCUGCUGUAAGUACCAGGUAGAGUACGACGCCAGGAAUCUCGCCGGCCUUCCGCUACACUCGCUCACGUCUGCAUCACCGGUAGUGCUCGUGCGUAAGGAUAACACAGCCAGGCGGAGAUUACACAGUGUCUGCACCACGGUGGCUGCACUUUGUUGUGGGCUACGCAUCUAUCGCUGGUACUUCCAAUGAUGUCAGUCUUUCAUAUCUCACCUCCAAGCAAGGUGCAUGGGACUCUGAGGCAUAACAUCUAGAUAUACCAGAGGUCCACAUGCUUCUGUAACUUUGAACAUGUGGUGUGUGUACCUGCAAAAACUUGAAAAAAAUACUAGGCCUUCCAUUGGGAAGAGUUUCAUCACCAUAGCAAACAAUACAGACAUUUGUGAAAGGUUUGGUGGACAGGAAGGUUUUCCGUGCAUGUUGAAGAGUAAUUUACAGUUGGUGACUGCUGUUUGUAAUCAUCAACCGGAUACAAGAAUGGUCCAGGUUUCAUCACAAUUCCAUAAUCAAAUACUCUGUAAAAUAAAUAGCUAUUUGCCCUUUCAGAAAAUAAAUUGUUUGAAUCUCUCA